AUGUCUAUCCAACCUGUGCCCAGCUACGACCACAUCCGGCGCAAAAACAGCAGCAAGUCCUUCGUCACACGCAACGACAGCUACCGGCGCUCAACGCGAGGUAGCGACGGCACUGUCAACACGACGUCCUCCGCCAGGACCAACAUCACGGCGCCGCCGGCGUACAGCAAAAAGUUUGUGGUGGUCGGCGAUGGAGGAUGCGGGAAGACAUGUCUGUUGAUCAGCUACUCGCAAGGAUACUUCCCAGAGAAAUACGUACCGACCGUGUUUGAGAACUACAUCACCACAGUUGAGCACAAGCCGAGCGGCAAAGGCGUGGAGCUGGCAUUGUGGGAUACUGCAGGACAGGAAGAAUACGACCGACUGCGACCACUUUCAUACCCCGAAACGGACCUCCUCUUCGUCUGCUUUGCGAUCGACUGCCCCAAUUCACUGGAGAAUGUCCUCGACAAGUGGUAUCCGGAAGUGCUUCAUUUCUGCCCGACAACGCCCAUCAUCCUUUGCGGUUUGAAGUCCGACCUCCGUAACAAGCGCACAUGUAUCGAGUUACUCAAGACCCAAGGUCUGACGCCGGUCACCAAGAGCCAGGGCAGCGCCGUCGCACAAAAGAUGGGCGCAAUGUACAUGGAGUGCUCGUCAAAGGAGAUGACCGGCGUGCACGAGAUCUUCGACGUUGCAAUCGACACUGCGGUGCGCGGCACGCAGGACAUGCAAACGGGCAAUGGCACAGGACCUGGAAGUCGGGCGGGUACAGGAGGCAUGACAAUGCUGAAUGGAGCGCCCGUGAAGCGAAAGAAGCGCAGUAACUGCAAGAUUCUCUGAACGCACACGCGCACGUGUGAGUUGCAGUCAUUUGAAUGGAACCUUUCAAUUGACAGCGACACAGCAGGCGAAGCUCGACAACAAGCUGUAGCAGUUCAAUUCCCAGCCGCGAUCCCUACACUGUACCAACACGUUGGCUCGAUUCGGUUCUUUUGGCGCGAGUGGAGGAGAUUUCUCUGGCGAUGAUGGAUGAUGUGGAUGUGACGAAGCGACGGCCGGUUAAAGAAUAUGGUUGGAUCGAUGAUGGCGUGCAUACAACACAGCAGUUCUCUAUUUGUUAGCGCUUUUGCAUUCGGAACAGGAGUUUGAGGCGCACAGGGUGGAAAGAUGCGCAGGAAGCCGCCGCCUGACUGCGGAGUACAUUGGGUUCGUCUUGAAUGUGUCAU